UUUCGAAUUUAGCUUGUUGUUGCUGAAGAACUAUGUUGAUAUCGGUCUUGGAGACGUUUUGUUUCGAUUGCCGCUACUUCUGGCAAUUGUGUGUACAAAUGGUAACGCUAAUGGGUCGAAGUAAUAGCAGAUUCAGUGUCAGCCGAGGAGUCCGAUGUUUUGCUGUCGGUUCUUCUAGCAGAAAAUAUAACACGACAAAAUAUGUUGUAAUGAAAGACUACUAGAAAACAGUGACACUCUUUUUGUUUACGCAAAUGCCGAAUUCUGAAUUCGGAAACUGGUGAGAUAACGGUUUCCUUAAGUAAACCGCCAGCAGAAGCGACUGGCAACGGAUUAUCGUCCUGCUUUUUUGCUCGCCUGCCCCAUGAAGGGAAAGGCGAUGGGGAACGAACAGUCGGGCCGUCCUAGCGGGCCCUAUUACAGGUUGGCGCUCAUGACCGAGGCCAUAUUGCCUCGGACGGACAAUUACAUACUCAACCAGAUCGGACAGUGGGCAGCUCAGCAAACGCGGACGCCCAUUCCUCGUGUCAUCGAAACGACCGAGUGUAUUGACACGACCAACGGUAAUGGCAGCGAUGAUGGUAUUCAAACCAUCGGUGAUAAUCCGCCGUUAGAGAAGCCCUUAUACCGACAUCUUGGAUCCUUCGGCUUAAAAACUGCUGGUUAUGCUACGGAUGUAGCUAUGCCUUCGCCGAAAUUAAUGGAAGGUUAUGACGCGAAAGCUCCAAGAACUAAGAGAGCGACGCCGGCGUCGUCCUCAAGAGAUCGGUCACGAUUUGCGUCGUACCACAAACCGCCGCAUAUACCUAAUGUUGACGGUAAAAGCUACCUCGAAUUUUUCAGACGCGAUUUGCCGAAUAUCUAUAGGAAGCAAGCGGUCAAUUUCAAACGGAAAACAGAUAGGAGAGAGAACGGAGUAAAUACAUAUAAAUCAUCAUUAACGUUCAUGCCCAUAUCAGAUUUGCUUAGUCUCGGGGAAAAGAAAUCACAAAGUACUCAAACCGAACUGACUCCAGUUGCAGUUAGUACCGAUGCCAUUGAUAAAAGCGAACCCAUUCGACAGUCGCCAAGGAAAGUGUUAGGAGACGGUUUGUGUCUUCAGCUGUUAAAAAAGGAGCUCGAUCAGUUUGAGGAGGAUCGGUUCCGUGAGACAGCGGCAAAUCAACGGCUUGUUGCCAAAUUGGCAGAAAAUCGACGAAACGUGCAAGUGAUGCUUAAGGCUGUACCUCGCUUAGCGUUGAGCUCCGUCGUGACUUAUCCUUUCUGUCGUCCUUUGCCGUACCUCACGUACUUUCGAGCAAUGAGUACCACAGCUGAAAAUCGACUGGGCCGAAUCGCUGUCUGCCAAGUUACGUCAUCAUGUAAAAAGGACGAGAACUUUAAUAAAUUCUCUGAGCUUAUUGUUCAAGCGAAAAACAAUGGUGCUAAGAUGGUGUUCUUUCCGGAGUGUACAGACUUUGUGGGUGAGAAUCGGGAUCAGGCUUUUGAGCUGGCAGAGCCACUUAACGGACCCUUGAUGAAAUCGUAUUGCAAACUCGCUUUUGAUAACAAUAUUUGGAUCUCGCUGGGUUCCUUUCACGUUCGACCCGAACGUUUAGCUGAGGAGGACCUAAAGAAGAUUAGCAACACCCACAUCGUAAUUGACUCCGAAGGAAAAGUAGCAGCUACCUAUGAUAAGGUGCACCUAUUCGAUGUCGAUAUUCCAACAUUCCGAAUCAAAGAAUCGCAAUUUACAGUUAGGGGUGGUCAGAUAACGGCACCUGUAGAAACUCCGAUUGGUCGAGUGGGUUUGGCCAUUUGUUACGAUAUGCGAUUUGCCGAACUCGCCCUUAGUCUGGCAAAAUCUGGAGCUCAAAUUCUCACCUACCCAUCAGCGUUUACGGUCAGCACAGGCUACGCUCACUGGGAAGCUCUUUUAAGAGCGCGCGCUAUAGAGACACAGUGCUAUGUAGUCGCUGCAGCCCAAAUUGGCCAACACAGUCCGAAGAGAUCAUCGUAUGGGCACUCAAUGGUAGUCGAUCCAUGGGGGGGAGUAAUCGCUCAGGCGUCAGAUAAGACGAAUCAGGUGAUAUACGCUGACAUAGACUUGGGAUAUCUCGAAACGGUUCGCCAGCGAAUGCCCGUAUUCUGCCACCGUAGGCCUGACCUCUACGGAGAGCCUGCUCCUGUAUACAGCAACAGCGGUAUCGAUUCCCAGGAGACCUACCAGUUCGGCCAAGUGCAGCUAUGUAAAUCUCAGCUCUUUCACAAAACUGCGUUAUCGAUGGCGUUUGUCAACAAAAUGCCCGUUCUUAACGGACACGUCUUAGUGGCACCCUUGAGGGCAAGUGCUAUCCGACUGGCAGAUAUCACUCCCGAGGAAGCGAGAGACAUGUUCUGGCUCAUCAGUGAAGUUCAGAAAGCUGUCGAGGAGGAGUUUAAGGCAGAAGACUCGACUAUUUCAAUACAGGACGGCACUCUGGCAGGACGAAGCAUAGACCACUUGCAUGUGCAUAUCCUUCCUCGUCAUAUAGGCGAUUUCAAAAAUGACAAUGACAUUUAUACAGAGCUUCAAGACCCCGUGCCGAAGAAACGCCCAAGAAGCCAAGAGGAAAUGGCAGCGGAAGCUUUAAAGUUGAGGAGGUACUUUCAGGCUUAAUUAUCACCAACAGCAAAAAUGAAACUGACGUCGUUCUUCGUUCUUCCUGCAUAUAAUCUUCAUAGUUAAGCAGCUAGUGCAAUUAUAUUUAGCACACUUACUUCUGGAACAAAAAUAUGAACUUCAAUAAUUUUGUUACGGACGCAAAGGGCGCUGUACUUUUAUUCUCACACUGUGAAUUACUUAUAAGUCGAUGCAAGUUGAUUCUGAUGUGACAAAAUUGUAAAUAAUAAAUAUUAUUUGUACA